CCGGCCGCCAGUAACAUAGGUCAUUUCCGCUCAGCGUUAGCGUGAUGCAGGUUAAGGAAACUUUCUCAUCUAAACAAGAGCUAAAUUAAAGACUUCUGCUUAAAUCUCUGAAGUCUGAUCCCUGUCCUUGCUGUUUUCAUCUCGCCAUCCCUCCAUCUUUUACUUCUACUCUCACUCCAUCAUGACAGAACCAGAGCUUCUCACAGAGGUCCCUGCGUCUCUAAAGCGGUUGGCCAAGCAGGUUGUGCGUGGCUUCUAUGGUGUCGAUCACGCUCUCGCCCUAGACGUGCUCAUCCGGAACCCAUGCGUCCGUGAGGAGGACAUGGUCGAACUGCUAAAGUUUGACCGCAAGCAGCUGCGCUCAGUGCUGAACACUCUCAAAUCUGACAAGUUCGUCAAGUGCCGCAUGCGCAUGGAAACUGCACCCGAUGGUAAGGCGACGCGGCACAAUUAUUAUUUCAUUAACUACAGGCUGCUGGUUAAUGUGGUCAAGUACAAGCUGGAUCACAUGCGCCGCCGCAUUGAGACGGAUGAACGGGACUCAACUAACAGAGCAUCCUUUCGUUGUCCCUUAUGCCGGAGCACAUUCACUGACCUGGAGGCCAACCAGCUGUUUGACCCCAUGAGUGAAAAGUUCCGCUGUACCUUCUGUCAAACGGAGGUGGAAGAGGACGAAUCGGCCGUGCCAAAGAAAGAUGCCCGCACUCUGGUGGCACGCUUCAACGAGCAGAUAGAGCCCAUCUACGUUUUGCUACGAGAGACUGAAGACAUCAACUUGUCUCAUGAACUCUUGGAGCCAGAGCCGUCAGAAAUCCCAGCUCUGAAACAGAGUCGAGAGCGGGCUGCCCUGUCCGCAGCGGGAGCUGGUGCACCUGGUCGGGAAACAUGGAAAACCAAGAGUUCGUCGUAUGACCUCUACACUCAGAAUGUGGUCAUCAGCAUGGAGGAUCAGGAGCCUCAGCCUGGCCAGACAGGGCAGAUAGCCCCUAAAGAGAGGCCCGUGUGGCUGACGGAAAGCACCGUGCAGGGGGCGUACAGUGAGACAGAUGCUCUAAAGCAAUCUGGCGAGGACGACAUGGCAUCCCAAGAGAACAUAACUGGACGAGCAGCCCCGCAGGAUGAGAACGAGGAGGUGAUGCGGGCUCUCCUCAUUCAUGAGACUAAGAGCGGCACUGGAUCUAGAGGCGCUGUCGUAUCCAAACCAACCAUUCCCGCAGCUAAUGCCAGUGACUCUGACAGUGAUACCAGCGAAUCAGACGAAGACUCUCCACCACAGGCUCCGGUACACAAUGCCGCAGCCGCUUUACGGCCAGGUAGACAAGCCGAGGAGGAGGAUGAAGAUGAUGAGUUUGAGGAGGUUGGAGAUGACCCUGUGGUUAUGGUAGGUGGAAAGCCUUUCUCGUACAGAGAAGUGAGCCAGAGACCCGAGCUGGUGGAACAGAUGAGCGCUCAGGAGAAAGAUGCGUACAUUGAGAUGGGUCAGACCCUCUUCCAGGACAUGUACUUCUAAGUAGAUAAUUUCUAAACCUGUUAUGCUACACUGGCUCUUUCUUUCUGUAUUCUACGGAUUGUCACAGGAUAUACUUUUAAUCAGUCUCCUUUGCACACUUCAUUUCAAACGGUGUUGUGUGAUGUGCCAAAGCCAAAAAAUGAGUGUUACACGUUUUUUUAAACGUUGAAGUUGUUAUUCUUAUACGUUUUCAUUUACUGAAUUUGCAGAAUGCUCUCAAAACCACUGCCACAAGUAUCUGUCCUCAUGGUUGUAAACAAGAGUAUCGCACACAUUGGCACAUGCCCACACAUGCUUUUCCUUGUAAUAGUUUUUUGUUUGUGCUUGACUUACCACAUUUAGAGCAAAUAACAGUGUUGCGCUGCUGUGACCUCUGGGGCGGUUUCACUCAAACAGAAGAGGUACUAAGGCUCUUUUCACCAGAUUAACAUUUGAGCUCCAGAAAAAAGCUUUUCUCUUGUAAUGUUGACCAAAAUUUCUUCAUCCGUGUCUUUCUCCAGUAUUUAACAGGGCUUGAUAUUAAGGGCAGUUAUGAAUUGUUUGUUUAGGGUGUAAUCGCUUUCUUUAUAAAGCAGAGAUGAGCACUUUCUUUUCUGAUCUCUGUAUAAAAUGUAAUUGUCUUUAGUUUGUUUGUUCUAAGUGGAAAAUAUGACGCUUUGUUUUACAGCAAUAAAAGCUGGGAGUGAAUCA